AUGUUCACCUCCAGGGAGCUGCUGCUGGUGUGGUUCCUGGUGCUGGCAGUGGGUGGCACUGAGCACGUCUUCCGGCCUGGCCGCAGGGUGUGUGCCAUCGGGGCUCCCAGGGGCCCCGAGUCAGAGUCUUUCGUGCAGCGAGUGUACCAACCCUUCCUCACCACCUGUGAUGGGCACCGAGCCUGCAGCACCUACCGGACCACCUACAGGACUGCCUACCGCCGCAGCCCUGGGCCGGCCGCCCCCGGGCCUCGCUACGCCUGCUGCCCCGGCUGGAAGAGGACUGGCGGGCUCCCCAGGGCCUGUGGAGCAGCAAUAUGCCAGCCACCGUGCCAGAACGGAGGGAGCUGUGUCCAGCCCGGCCGCUGUCACUGCCCUGCAGGAUGGCAGGGCGACACCUGCCAGACAGAUGUGGACGAGUGCAGGGCUGGAGGGGGCCCCUGUCCCCAGCACUGCAUCAACACCGCGGGUAGUUACUGGUGCCAGUGUUGGGAAGGGCACAGCCCAUCUGCAGAUGGUGUGCUCUGCCUGCCCAAGACAGGGGCCCCCAGGGUAGCCCCGAACCCCACAACAGGCGUGGACAGCGCAGUCGAGGAGGAAGUGCAGAGACUUCGCUCAAGGGUGGACGUGCUGGAGCAGAAGCUGCAGCUGGUGCUCGCCCCGCUGCAUAGCCUGGCCUCGAGGGCCCUGGAGCAUGGGCUCCCAGACCCCAGCAGCCUCCUGGCGCACUCCCUCCAGCAGCUGGACCGCAUCGACUCUCUGAGUGAGCAGAUCUCCCUCCUGGAGGAGCAGCUGGGGUCCUGUUCCUGCGAAAAGGAGCUGUAA